UAAUCAGACAACUAUUAGAAUAUCGUUUAUAAUUAGUAUAGUUGUGAUAAAUAAGUUGGUAAAAUAUGUUAAAAUUAAUCAAGUUAGACAGGUAAUUAACUGUCAUGUUCUUUUUACCUAGACCUUAAAAGAAAAUUUCAUUAUAUUUUAGUAUGUCGAAAUUAACACGUUCUGUUUGGGAAUUUUCUUCUAAUUUUGUUUCAAAUAAAUAUUUCUCACAACUUUUAAGAACGCCAUGGAUUUCAGCAUCUGGUUUGAGACAGAAAAAUGUUUCAACUAUAGUAACUAACAAUAUUCCUCAAGAAGAGAUUAUUAUUAGUGACAGUUGUGUAGACCGUUUGAAAGAAAUUAUAGAAGGAGAUGAUUGUUUAAGAGUAAUAGUUGAAGGUGGUGGCUGUUCUGGCUUCCAAUAUAAAUUUAAUUUGGAUCCUUGUAUUAAUGAAGAUGACAAGAUUUUUCAAAAGAAUGGAGUAAAAGUUUUAAUAGAUUCUACAACUUUAGAGUAUAUUAAAGGAUCAACAAUAGAAUAUCACAAAGAAUUAAUACGUUCUACAUUUAGAAUAAUUAAUAAUCCCUUAGCAGAACAAGGCUGUAGCUGUGGGUCUAGUUUUACUAUAAAAAUUGACUGAUUAUUAACUAAUUUACUUUAAAAUUAUUAUUUAAAU